AUGACCAAGGCCGCCUUGCAGGCAUACCGUGCCGCUCUCAGGGCCACCAGAGUGGCGUUCAACGGUGACGAGAAAAUCUUGAGGGCGCUGAGAAUGAAAAUUAGAGAAGGCUUCGACAAGAAGCGCACACUUGCCAACCAAGAGGAAGUUGACAAGGCCAUCACUGACUUGAACGAGGUGGCCAAGUUCCUUGUCAAGAACAUCGUGCAAGCUGAAAAACAGGAAGGCGACCGCUACUUCUUGAAGUUUCACAAGGGCACCGAGUUGGGUGACAACGCCACGAUCAAGCAGAACAACAAGAAGAACAUGGGCUCUCUCGCUGGCGCCAAAGUGAGAAGAUGCAGCGAUAACAAAUAG